AUGUCUCCAUAUCCGAUUAAACUUUAUCACAGAUGGGGUAAUUUUAUUCUUUGGGGAAUUUUGGUUGAUGUAGGAAUAAUAUAUGCUUCAUGUAAUAAAUGUCAAAGGAGAACAAAUAUACAUGGAAAUAUAAUGACGUUUGUAGUCAUAAAUAGUUUCCUGGCCUCAUUAGCAUAUUGCUAUUUAAAGCCGUACAAUUAUUCUUAUGAUAAUUAUUCAAAACUAAACGACUUCAAAUAGAUUCAUUUGGUAAUUGGAACAGCCCUGAUGCUAAUGAUGAUUGUAUUGUCAUCAUUUGGUUAUUUUGUCAAAUAUUAAUUAGGAAAUUCAGAAGGAAAUAAAAAUGUUAUUUAUUAUAAAAAAGUUCAUUCUGCCCUUGGGCAAAUAACGUAUUUGAUAGGAAAAUUGGAAUCAUUUGUCGGAAUGUUUAUGUCAUACAGAACAUAAGAAUGGUUCACUUACAUUUGGAUAACUUAUUUAGUUGUGAUUUUAGGUCGAAUCACCUUUGAAUGGAUAAUUCCUGCAUUAAAAUCAACAAAGAUUGAAGAUAUUUCUGAGGAGUAAUUAAAAUUAAUCACAUAUGAGAGUUUAUCUGAGAAUCUAGAAAAUAAAUAAUGGUUUAUAUUUUAAAAUUAAGUGUAUUGUUUGGAUUAAAAUUACAUUCAUCCUGGAGGCUAAAUCAUAUGGAAACACAUUAAACACAUAGAGAUAGGCUAAUAUUUUUAUGGAAUCACAUAACUUCCAGGUACAAAUAUACUCCACUACCAUUCAAAAUACGCUAAAGAAUAAUUUAAUGGACAUUAUUAUGGAACAUUAUGUAAUUAGAUUACAUUUCCUAAUAAUCCAAAUAAAAAAUGGGAGUUGAAGAAUUCAAGUAAAGUAACAGAAACGGUAAGCAACUUUUAAUUCUAACAUCCAGAAAUAGAAUUUGAAAUUAAUCUUAAAAAAUUAACUCCUAAUCAUUUUGUGUUUAAAUCUAUAACUGAUAAAAAGGUUCCUCCACGUCUUUAUACGUAUAUUUAAUGUAUGUAAAAACCUGCUGUAGAGUAUAUGUAAAGUCUUAGUGAUUUGUAUGAUAAAAAAGAGAAUGUUAGAUUUACUAAUAAUUUUAAAUCUACUUCUCUUUCCUUUCUAAUAAAGUACUAUAACACUCCUCAUGGCUUUAGUAAGUACAUAACAAAAUAAAAUCCUGAAAUGAUUGAUUUGCAAGGACCUUAUCAAACAAUGUUCAAGGAUUAUUUAACAGAAGGGUAAAUUAUUUUGAUUUGUGGAGGAACAGGAAUUUUACCCUUUUUGGAUUUGCUUAAUUAUCAUCUAUUGAUGAGUUAUAAUGAAUUAAUUUAACAUCCAAAUCUGCUAAAGGUUGCUAGUCUAAAUAGAUAUAUCACAUUAUUCUAUUCAGUUACAGCAGAGGAAGAAUUGUUGGGAGAUUACAUAUUCUUAAAAUUAAGGGAAAUAUAAAAUCACUUAAAGAAAUAAAAUUUCACUCUAAUUUUAAAAUGUAGAAAAUAAAUUGAAAAAUGUGAGACAACUAGAAAUAGAUUCACUAGAGAUUUUAUUGAAAAGUAAUUCAAAUUUGAUAACAAGCAGAUAUUUGUUUGUGGUCCUCAAAUACUAAGAAAUAGUAUUUACAAAGAAUUUAAAGAUAUGCAGAAUGAAAUUAUAUAUUUAUGA